AUGUCUGACGAGAUCAUUCUGUACGACCUGCCCUCCCGCCAAGGGAAAGCCUGGAGUCUGAACACGUGGAAGACACGAUUGGCUCUUAACUUCAAAGGCCUCCCGUAUAAGACCGAGUUCGUCGAGUAUCCGGACCUUGGACCGUUGUUGGAGAAAGCUGGCGUCCCGCCGAAUGCAACGGGGAUCAAAUAUACCUUGCCAACCAUCCGGCUACCGGACGGCCGCUACGUGAUGGAGUCACGCAAGAUCGCAGACGUCCUGGACGCAGAGUACCCAGAGCCCUCACUGCGGCUAGACUCGCCGUAUCAGGCUCGCAUCGAGGCGCUCAUUACGGCCCUGCAGCCGAAGAUACGACCCAUCUUCGCCCCGCUCAUCCCCAAGUCCUACCUCAACCCGGUGUCACAGAAGUACUUUGUGGCCACGCGGGAGGCUGACAUUGGUAUGCCUUUGGACAAGUUCCACGAGGGUGCCGACAAUGCUUUCAAUGACACCAAACCUCUGAUCAAGCAGUUCGGUGAUCUGCUCGACGAGCAUCCUGGUGGCCCGUUCUUCCUAGGCAGCGAAGUCAGCUACGCUGACUUCGUAGUGGUUGGCUUGGUUAGGAUGCUGGAGGGCAUAGGCUGGGCGGAGAAGUUCUUUGCCUUGGAUGGCGGACAGCAGAUUAAGAGGCAAUAUCAUGCCGCUGCCAAGUGGUUGGAGAGGGAUAGUUAUUAA